CGUAAUCAAUGUGCGCUACUUAGUGUCCUUUGUGUGACGUAGAUAUCGCGCGACAACACUGUUAGCUGUCAGGCGCGCUCAAAGGAUGGCGAGUGCAUUUACUUUAUGUUGAAGUAUAAUUUUGCUCCAUUGGUCAUUGCUGUGCCGUGGCUGAUAUGUGCGGUAUUCCCAGGACGAGAUUUCAACUGUGAAUUACGCUGAAAAGGAUCCAUGUCUUUCCUUCGUUGGGUGUCUGAGAAAUUGAGUGUGGAGAGCCUGCGGGAUUUGGAGUUAUUUGGAGAGCAAGCUCAGGGACUCUCUCACAGGAAAGCCCAUGAGGACAGUCGGGAGAGUCUGACCUCUCUUCCACGUCGACACACCAUGGGCAGCUUCCUCCCUGACAGCAGCGCCUACCAGCUCCUCACCGUUAUUGGCCAGGGUCUGGACCACUUGAUGACGGUGAACCGGGCCCGAUACAGACCCACGGGGGAGCAUGUGGCCAUACGACGGAUCGAUCUGGAGUCGUGUACAAACGACAUGGUCGCCUACCUGCAGGCCGAGCUGCACGUGUCCAAGUUAUUUCACCACCCCAGCAUCCUGCCCUACAAGAGCAUCUUCAUAGCUGAGAACGAGCUGUGGGUCAUCACCCCCUUCAUGGCGUACGGUUCUGCCAGAGAGCUUGUCAGCACACAUUUCCCUGACGGCAUGAGCGAGCUCACUAUCGCGUACAUCCUACUGGGCAUGCUCAAAGCUCUAGAAUACAUCCACCAAAUGGGAUACGUGCACAGGAGCGUGAAGGCCAGCCACGUGCUGAUCUCAGCCGAUGGCCAGGUCUGCAUGUCGGGCCUACGAAGCAUCUUCAGUCUGAUCCGACACGGCCAGAGAGCCAAGGUGGUGCAUGACUUCCCGCAGUACAGCGUCAAGGUGCUGCCUUGGCUCAGCCCUGAGGUGCUGCAGCAGAAUCUGCAGGGCUAUGACUUCCGCUCAGACAUCUACAGUCUGGGCAUCACAGCGUGUGAGCUAGCUAAUGGACACGUCCCCUUCAAAGACAUGCCAGCCACGCAGAUGCUGCUGGAGAAACUGAACGGAACGGUACCGUGCUUGCUGGACACCACCACAAUCCCACCGGAGGAGCUGUCCAUGAAGCCGUCCCGCUCCGGAGCAGACUCCGGGAUCUGCGAAGGGCCCGUGGGAGGCGGAAUCCGUCACUCCAAUGGCGAGCCCGCCCCCUCCUCGUCGGCGGGACACCCGUACAACCGCACGUUCUCCCCGCACUUUCACGCUUUUGUCGAGUUGUGUCUUCAGCGAGACCCAGAGAAAAGACCGUCUGCCUCAGCUCUCAUAGGUCACCCUUUCUUCAAGCAGAUCAAGCGGCGUCCCUCGGAGGCGCUGCCCGAGCUCUUAAGGCCGGCGGCGCCCAUCAGCAGCUCUGAGAGCUCCCAACCGCAGCCCUUCCCAUCUGGACUGGCCAGUCUGGAAUCAGGUCUUAGCCACCUGGAUGUGGACGACUGGGACUUCUGAUAUUGGCGAGGAGAGACGUGAUGAGACGUUUCAGCUGCAUGUACAGAAAUCAACAUUCUUCUACUUGGAGGUUAAGGCCUGGCCAACGGCCAUCUUGCUGCUUUUGACGUCUCUUGAAGGUUUUUGCCCCCGGCUUUCUACUCAUGUUUGCUUGAGAAGAUGCUCGAACGCUCACUCGUUAUAACCUCUGACUGCAAGUAGUCACCUCAAACUUGAAAACUUCUGGAGCAGUCCACACGCGUAUGCAUGCCCCCAACUUGCCGUGUGCAUGAAUGUUACAUUGGCUUGACAGCCAGGACGAAGCUUUGUGCUGCAAGCUGAACUUGACAAUAAAGUCACGUUUCCACCUGA